UGUAUGUAGCGGUGGUGCAGUAAUUGUUACGAUGGCUUCAUAUAAAAAUGGCAGUAACUAUACGUAAUCCAUUAUUGUUGUGUUAUGUGAACCAAAUUCGCAACCUGCAACUUGCAGGUUCGUUCAGGUUACAAUUCUCUCUCAUCACGAUCAUGAAGAACAGCAACACCAACACCAACAAUUUUUGCCCUGCGUUGCUUUUUGUUCUCAUAUUUCAUUAGUGUCACUGUCUCAAUUCCGCUUCACUUUCCCUUCUUGUACACUUCCCAACCGACACUAAAUGGAAGCGGUGGCCGCCGUUUUUCUGUUCGCCGCCGCGCUUCUGUCGGUGGUGGAGGGGUCGCCGGUGACUCUGACACUGGAAAGAGCGUUUCCUUCGAAUCAUGGCGUGGAGUUGAGUCAGCUCAGAGCGCGGGACAGCCUCAGACAUCGUAGAAUGUUGCAGUCUACUAACUAUGUUGUAGAUUUCCCUGUCAAAGGCAUCUUCGAUCCCUCACAAGUCGGGCUUUACUAUACCAAGGUAAAAAUGGGUACUCCUCCAAGGGAAUUUUAUGUGCAGAUUGACACUGGGAGUGAUGUUCUCUGGGUUAGUUGUGGGUCCUGCAAUGUUUGUCCUCAGACAAGUGGGCUGCAAAUUCAGCUCAAUUACUUUGAUCCUAGGAGUUCAUCAACAUCUUCAUUGAUCUCUUGUUCUGACCGGAGGUGCAGGAACGGAGUUCAGUCCUCCGAUGCGAGCUGUUCCGGUCAGAACAACCAGUGCAUUUACACGUUCCAGUAUGGAGAUGGCAGUGGGACAUCAGGCUAUUAUGUGUCAGAUUUGAUGCAUUUUGCUAGUAUUUUUGAGGGAACCUUGACAACAAAUUCCUCUGCAUCUGUAGUUUUUGGUUGUAGCAUCCAGCAGACUGGGGACUUAACAAAGUCUGAUAGAGCAGUUGAUGGGAUAUUUGGAUUCGGGCAACAAGGCAUGUCUGUCAUUUCCCAACUCUCAUCGCAAGGAAUUGCACCAAGAGUGUUCUCUCAUUGCUUAAAAGGAGAUAACAGUGGUGGAGGUGUCUUGGUUCUUGGUGAAAUUGUGGAGCCAAACAUAGUUUAUACUCCACCAUCGCAGCCUCACUACAAUUUAUACCUGCAGAGCAUCUCUGUCAAUGGCCAGUUUUUGCAAAUUGAUCCUGCAGUUUUUUCUACAUCAAGCAACAGAGGUACCAUUGUUGAUUCUGGAACAACCUUGUCGUACCUUGCAGAAGAGGCUUAUACAACCUUUGUGAAUGUGGUGAGUUAUGUUAGAUUACAGCUGCUAUUCCACAAUCUGUACGCAGUGUUCUUUCCAGGGGAAAUCAGUGUUACUUAAUAACCACCUCCAGGUUAAGUGGAGCUGUUCAUAUAUAUUUUGUUGAUUUCAAGCAUUCUUUCCAGGGUUGUCUGUUUUAUAGCUUCAGGUGCUUAUGUGAGUCACUCUUUGUCAGCCAUGUUUAACGAGUUUUUUGCUUUUCUGGUACAUAGUAUUGUAAAUUAACAUGUUUUUUUUAUUAAAGGAAGACAAGUUAUAACACAUUUUUGGAA